UUCACACUCCCACUCAGGGAUUUUCCCUGUGUCUAGGGGACUUCAAACAAACUCAAACUAUUUGUCUGGGCACACCACUAGAGCUAUUUGCUGAGGGCUGGAAACAACAACUGCUUCAUCUCUGUUCACACAGCUCCUCUGCAAUUCAAGGCAGCAGCAAGCCAUGCUUUUGACAUACUACACUCGGCUUGUCAUCCUGAGCAAUGUAUGGUGUUUCCUUCGUGGGACUUCUGUGGCCAUUCGAGAGGUUGCAGUGAGGUGUACAGAAGAAGCGCUGCUGCCCUGUGAAGCUCCUCAGGAUCCACAAGUCAUCUAUGAGGCAGUGUCCUGGUAUAAAAUUGUUGGAAAUGGUGAAGAACUGGCAGAAAUGGUACGGAAGAACCCUGAGAAUGGUGUGGAAUAUUUCUAUUCCAAAGAAUUUAAUGGAUCCUUGCAGCUCUCCAGUGAUACCUCCUAUUCCUUGAGAAUCACAAACACUACUAGGCACAACAGUGGGACAUACAGCUGUAACUUGUGGGCACAAGAUGGAAAAUACAACCAAAGUGGCACAAUCAUAUUAAAAGUAACAGGUUGCACUGAACAAUUAGAUGAAAAAAUUAAAAAAUACAGAGCAGAACUUUUACUACUAUCCUGCCUUGGGAUCUUUUAUUUGCUACUCAUCUUUUUUACUUGUACAUGUCUAAACAAAGAGAACAAUAUUUCAGAUUACCAUAAGCACAGAAGAGAACAAAAACUCACACUUAUCCUUGACAAUGUGCAAGAAAAGAAGAUUUUCCAGUAUUUAGGCAGCAACAGCACUUGCAAAAAUGGACCUAAUUUGAGUUCUGGCCAAGCUGAUAUAGUUUAAGAAACCAUGAGCACAUUAAUAAAUAUGUCAUGAUCAUGGAUGGUUGGGCAGAACAAAGAAGAAAUUCAAGCUAACAUACUGCCUCUUCAGAGUAGUUGGAUAGCUUGGGUAAUCUGUCAAAUACCUGCUUGCGCUAGACAAGUCUUCAAAGAACAUCUUCAUACACUACAAUAAUUGUUGGAUUUAAAGUGACUAACAAACACCAGUGCCACCAGUGCUUUGUUGCAAGGCUACUAUAAUGUCGGCAUGUGCUCCAUUUUAAUCCAUUAUACUUUAAUCCAUUAUUCCGAGAGAGGCUAACUAUUUCUACCAUCUGAGUACUAUGUUACAGAGAGAAUUUGACAGUGUUAAUUUAGGGGAUUAAGUUAUCGACUGAACUAAUAUCUCAGUUCUUUUAACCACCAUGCACGACUGCUAUUGCAGUAUAGUUUUCCAGAAAGCUAAGCAUGUGUUCUGGCCAAGCUGAGACUGAGAGCUCUGGACUGAUUUUUGAUAGCAUUCUCCGCCAUGAUCGAGAAGAAUGGCUACAUGAUAUCUUGGAGAUUCACCAAAUCUGGCUAAAUUCGUUUGUUUGUUUGUUUGUUUAAUCUCAGUGUGAUUGAUGGACAGGGGUGUAAGAGAGCUAAUACUGCCAAAGAAGCGGGAGUGCAGAGGAAUAAGUGGCCCGUCAGUGAUUUCCCAAGAGCCUCUUUACUUCAAGGAACAUUUAUAUAUAUAUACUGCUAGAAAAUUAUUAUGCUUUUUAUACAUACCACAUCCGUGGAGAAGCAUGUGCUAGUCAAAAGACUUUUCAACAGAUGGAUUUUUUUCCUAUGGUUUUAUAAAACACAUAAGAGCAAAUUUGUCUCUGGUUUAAAUCAGUGGAGUUACACUAGGCAAAUAGGGCCCAUGGCUUAUGAAAUCAGUUAUUUGUGUGUGCAGGAGGGGAGGGGGGGUUAACCUGUCUUUGGCAUAUACUGAGAAAGCCAAGAGACAUGAACGGUGGAAUAACUGAGCACCUGCUUUUGGCUGUUCAUGGUAUAUACUGAGUAUAGAAAAUGAGGGUAUGAGGAAAGCUAAGUUCAGGUUUCUCUAGGGCAAGAAGACAUGUCACCUUGAACCAAAGGGAGCAAGGGACGUUCCAGACCUUGGAUUACAGAAUCUAAGCUAAAAGGGUUUCCCUCACUAGCUUGCCUGCAUGCAAGUUCGAGUCAGAAGACAGUUUAGAGGGACUUUAGAGGUUUGUGCUAGAGAUUAAAAUCCAUGACAAGAGAAGCAUAUCAGGGUAGAUUUGCAAUUGGUUAACAAUACCAUGACAAUAAUUUUAUACAAACUGGAUUGAAUAAUUUAAAAGCUAAGUGAUUAAGUUGUUUAAAAAGGAGUUGUAAUUCUAAACUGUGUAAAGACUUUCUUUUGACAGCAUUGGAGGCUUGAUGGGAAGAAAACACUUUGCAUCACUCAUCAAUGUGCCUUUUGACCAAUUAAAGCUCUGUACCAAUAAAGUUUUAAGGGAAUUCUGUCCAGAUGUUGGCCAGAAAGACAGCAGGGGUGCAGGACUGAAUGCGUUAUUUAUUUGGUGCAUGCUAGAUUACUACCACAGGUUUGCUUUUUGGCAUUCAAUUUUACAUAUAAAUGUAUGUACUGUAAGUGAAAUUAAAUUAAGAGGUAACCUACGUACCUGUAUUCCUGUGUACCAUGUACUAGAAAUAAAACUAG